CUUAAUCUGUCACUUUGAAAAUUGAUUUCAUAAUCUUCGAUUGUAAGAAGAGAAAAAAUCGAAGAAUUAUAACAUAAAAGCGCUAUUUCUUGCGCGACGAUGGCUGCUCUGAUAAAACUUCGUCAUAUGCCUGUUGUCCAGAGAUGUGUUUGGAAUCAUUAUAACAAAUUAAAUCGUUGCAUCUCGACAUCAAAAAAGAACAGUGAAACUGCUACAACUGCUUGUGAAAAAGCUGAAGAUAAAAAUUGGGUUAGCUAUGGAUUUGAUUACAAGAGCAAAGAAGAGGAUACAAACGUCCACAAUGCAUCAUUCUUCUUCUCAGUAACAUUGUGUCUAGUAUUCGGUGGUUUUGCAUGGGCUUAUAGUCCCGAUAUCCAUAUGAGAGAUUGGGCUCAACGUGAAGCCUAUCUAGAACUACGUCGCCGUGAAAAAGCUGGAUUGCCGCCUAUCAGUCCUAAUUAUAUUGAACCCAAAACAGUGAAACUGCCUUCAGAGGAAGAACUAUGUGAUGUUGAAAUUAUCAUUUAAUUAUUGAUGAACAUUAUUGUUAUAUAGUAAAUAGAAAAAUAGAAA